ACCCUUUCACUAAUAUUUUUUUUCUACAUUAACAUUGUUCCAGAAACAGAAGUAUGACCUUAGAAAUUACAGCAAUUAAAGAAAACUAAUAAUUGGGUAUCACAAUUUUACAAGAAGUGGGCGGAAAAACCACAAACAACGGACACAAAGACACCAUAUUUCACCCUCUGGUUGCGAGCAAAGCAAAUUUUGGAGGUACUUGAAGGCGAAUCUUAUUAGAAUAUGAGUAACGAUCUAAGGCGAGAGAAAAGGCUACCAAGUUCUUUUGACAGAGAAGUUUAUGAUGUCUUGGAUGGGAAGGAAGUCACAGAAGAAGCAUACCAACUAGCUCUGGUAACUAUAACCACAAAUGAAAAAUAUGACUAUGGGAUAGAAACAGAAGAAGUGGAACAUGAAGAGGACGAGGAUGGCGAUGUUUCUCAUACAGGGGAAUAUAUCAUGGCAGAAGAUGUUCUACAUCCAGCCAUGGAGGAAAUUGGAAGCAACCCACUAAUGGUGAAAGAUGAUACGGAAGGAGAGGGAGGUGGGGGUAAAAUUGAGUUUGGUUAGUGACGUGGCAUGCCACGUAAUGCCACCUCAUUAAAAUGUUAGUGACAUAUGAUAUUGAGUUUCAACUUAGACAAUUUUAACGGUGAAGGAGCAUAUUUAAGCCAAUAGUAUAGUGAUAGGGGCAUAUUUAGACCCAAAGUAUAACGAAGAGAAUAUUUAGCCUUUUUCGAUAGUUAAGGGUAUACUUGGCCCUUUUCCCGUUUUUAUUUGUAGGCAAUUUUUGAAUGAAUGAAACAAAAGGGGAAAAAAGAAAGAAGAAGAAAACCGAGAUUUGGCAUUGGAGUAAGCAAGGCACGUGUGUGUGGUCCUACAUUAGGGGACCCUUUCCCGCUUGCCCUCAUUUCAAAACCAACAAACAAAUCCCCCUAUUCUUUCCCUUCAACCAAACAAACAAAUUAGUCAGUCCUACUCCUACAUACUUGUUUGAUGAUUUCUUCAACUACUAUUUCAAUCAUCCAAUCAAAAUGGAAUCGGAUCUAAGCCCACUCCCUCAUAUGGAUUCCAGUCCUGACGAUUUCGCUUCUAUUUCAAAUUUCUUGUCUCCAAUGAGAGGGCUAGAUGGUCGUGUAGAUCCAUUAAAAUGCGGCAGUUCCUCUCGUAGAGGUUGCAGCUAUAAAGAAAAUAUAGCAGAAAUGCCUAAACUGAGUGUGGAGCCGCUGCAUAUGAAGAGGAAGAAAAGAGGUGGUGGUUUCAAUAUGCGGAAAAGUUUAGCAUGGGAUAGAGCAUUUUCAACUGAAGAAGGUGUUUUGGAUCCAGUAGAACUUUCUCUGCUUAGUGGAACAUUAGUUAACACAUGCGGAGAGGCCUUGUUCACCAUCAAUGAAGAAGAGCGAAAUCCAACUUCAAAUGACUCUCUAUGUGAUGCUAGUUCAGCUUAUUUGAACUCGAACAAAAAGAGUACGUUUAAAGAAAUUCGAGCUGCAACUUUAAAAGAAGAUAAGCGGAAGGUCUCAAGUAAAGUGCUUGCGUCUCCGAAUGGUAGAACUAUCUCCAAAUCUAUUGGCUGUUCUCGACCUCUGUCUUCAGCUUCACUGAAAAGGCCUGCAGACAUGAAUCAUGGAAAAUCUGCAACCAAGGAUUCCAAGUUACCAAAGUGUCAAGUUUCAAAGCUACGUUCUUGUUUGUUGCCUACAAGCUCUAAGAGUACUAUACCAAGAGCAAGUCACUUGAAGAAUCAAGUAACUGAUUCUGCUGUUAGUAUUCAGAAGAAUAUGGGAUUAAGGAGCUACUCUAGAAAAGUGAGAAAUAGCCAAGAAAAAGCAAAAGCUGUUGCUGAACCUUUGAAGGAUAAAUCUUCGUCAUGCAAUUUGAGAGGAAAUAAUAAAAAAUCAACAUCGAAAUUACAGGCAUCAACUGAAUCUUCUCUAGUUAAUAAAGCUAGCAAUACUGGUUUGGAGAUGAAUCCAGAUGCCACACUUACAUCUAGCCGAGCACAUUCAUCUGAACGUCAUGAUGUAUGUACACCAUAUGCUCUUCGCCUUCCUCACAGCACUCGUACUGCUGUUAGCAGUACGCAAUACCUGCCUGCACAAGCCAUGAGACCAUCGGGUUUGCGGAUGCCUUCACCUUCAUUAGGAUUUUUUCGUCAGACAAAAGCUUCAGAUACAAGCCGCUUGUUGAAAGGCGAGUCUAGUAUGUGCCCGUUGCAAAGGUCUGGUGAUCUGAGGCCACCAGUGGCACUAGCAAAGCAAGAAGGCAAGGUCAAUUUAGCAAAUCUGAACUGUAGGAUACUAGGAUUGGAAAAAGAAAGCUCAACAGAAUCCUGCAAAGUAAUCAAACCAGGCUUGGAAGGAAACAGUGUAGAAAAAGUGAAUAUUCCAAGUGUUGGUAAGAAGCUUGAUCCAGUCAGUGAUAAGCUCAGAGAUCCUGCAGGUAAUUUUGAUGAAAAAGUACCGGAUCACAUCAAGCACAAAGAAAAGAAGCUUCAGGAUGCAGGAUUGCUGAUGAAUGGCAAGCAACAUCCACCACAAACUGGAAAACAUGAACAUAUAAACAAAGAUGGUGAUCUCAUGAACUCCAUCCCUGGUUUUAUAGAAAAUAAAGGCUCUGCUGGAUCAGAUUUUAAAGAUGCUCAGUUUCCACAAGCUAGCUACAAUACACAAUCUCUAGUUCUACGUGGAUUGCAAGGUGCCUACUGCAAUCAAAAUGAAGCAGAAGAAUCUGGCAUUUGUUCAGUAAUUGAUGGUUCGAAGUCGCAGUACCGGAACAUGAUUAAUUUUAGUGAGGAGGUGAGGGAGGAGGGUUAUGUAGGUUGCUGCAAUAAUUUACCCGGUGGAGAAUUUGAAACAGUCAAGUCCUUUGCAGUUGAAGAUGAUGGGAUAUUUGAUAAUGAUAAGCACAUUAUGAAGAUUAAGAGCAAUGUGAGCAAAGCCCAAAGAGAACCAAGGAAUAAUGGAGGUGGGAAUUGUGUGCCCUUGAAUUUCUCAGGUUCAGACUUCAGUGAAGAAAAGAUGGAAAAGUCAGAAGUAGCAUCUCAGUAUGAAGAUUCUCAUAAUCUGAAAGAAGCUUUUACCAGCAAGCAGAUCACUGAUAGAGUACAAACAGGAGGAUUAGUAGCAGAUGUCCUGAGUGAAACUUUAUCUGAUGAAAAUUGCGAAACUAAUCCUGGUGUACUUUCAAUUUACUCGGAACAUAAGUCCUCAGGUGGUAACUUAUUGCAUUCAAGUGAUCGGUCCCUAAGUAAACAUAUUUGUAUAGAUCAAAGUCAAGAUGAACAGAUUGUUGAAACUAGUUUAUCUGCUCUGGCAUAUCGACCAGAUGAUAGUGGUUUUGAUAGGUUUGAUUUUACAAGUGCACAGACAGAAUUAGAUAGUAAUAGAAUUACAGUGGUUCAAGAAGAUCAUACAGAUAUCAUGUGUUCUAGCCAUGUCAAAAUUACUCUUGCUAAAAAUUGUAAUCAUUCAACAGAUGAAGAGAUUCUUUCAAAGUUAACUACCUCUCUGGAUUUUGGUUCAUUGACAAGUGCAACAACAGACAAAAUGGUAUCAGGUGUACCUGGUUCAAUUGACGAAUGUAGAAAACCAAUUAAAGAGUCUGUCUUGGAAGUGGUGGAUGAAGCUGAAAUUCGCGAUUCAUCAAACUAUCAGAAUGAGGUCAAUUUAACCGGCUCUAUGGAAUUUGGUUUAUCUUCCAGGGGAACGCAAGAUGCAAUUGGAUAUGGUACACUUGGUCCAAUGGGUGAAGGUAACAAACUGAUCAAAGACAUGUUUCUCCUCAAAGAAAUGGAUGAAUUUGAAAAUCGAGAUUCAUCAAACAAUCCUAGUGAUGGUAGUCAGAUGAUCAAGGUGAAGCUUGGCAUGCCAUCUACGGAAAGCUUGAAAGUUGAGGAGUCACAAAUGUGCAGCCAUGCGGAUUUGAUUCGUUCCAGUUCAAUGGAAAUGAGGUGUCAUAAGGCUGUAUUAGAGAGUCCUCAUACUCCACCACUCGGAGAUACAAGACAAGAAAAUGAAAUUGGAAAGACAACAAAUGCCCUCACAAAUAUCUUACAGAUGGAGGAUGUACACGUGGAUACACAUGGUAAUGAUGCUCAGUUGCCUGGAAAAAGCCCUAGCACUGUGGUGGAAGAAUGUGAAAGCAGCAAUGUCUUCGAGAAUUUUGGAGAUGCUCUUCCAGUACGAAAGAGUGUUAAUGAAAGUGGAUUAGAAAGCCCAUGUUUUCUGAACCAGGAGUCACCUUUGAUUCAUGGGAGUGGUAGUGUUGCUGAUGAACUGGAUGUUAUCCACUGUGUUGAGGAUCAACUAUCAUAUCCAUCAUCAAUUGAAUCUUUAUCUGUGGAACUUGAUUCAUCUCAGGGGACAAGUACAAACCAAACAGCAAGUGUGACAACUGAUUGCAUAGAACUUGUUGAAGGAGAUCAGACCUCAUCAAGAAUACAAAGGAAGGUAGCUGACAUAUUGAAUCAAAAUAUUGUGGUGAAGGAAUCUGAAACUGGAAAACCUAGUGGAUAUGAGAGUUCUCACAAUGAAUUUUGCCAUGGGCUGGAAAAUCUCGAGCCAUGCACAAAUGAAAACACCAUUUCGCCAGUCAAGAACACGGAGAGCUGUCUGAAGAAAGGCAAUCUUUUGAUAUUACCCCCACAUGAUGCAGUUCCAUUUUCUGAUGAAUGGUUGGCAGCAAUGGAAGCUGCUGGAGAGGACAUAUUAACCAUGAAAAGUGGUGCUGUACAAAAUUCACCCCAAGAGAAAUCCUUGCCUGAGCCAAGCCCGUGGUCUCCGGUGAAAAAGAAAAACAAUCAGCUUGGGCCUUUUGACUGUACAAAGUUCCACCACAAUGGGCCUCCUGAGUCCUGAUUCUUAUUGACUCAACUUGGUCUCGUUCAAAUUCUUUUAUUCACCUAACAUGUUCCUGAUGUAGAUUGACACUGCUUUGCAAGCAAAGCUGCUAAUUGAUGCAUUGCUCUAAAAACACACGGUUUAUAUCCUUUAUAUGUAAUCCUUUUACAUCCAAUUUAAAGGAUUAAUUUAGUUUC